UGCGAAGUACUCUUUAGUUUGCGUUUGAAUAUCGGUCGGACGGUCGGUGGUGCGCCGUAGAAGUUACGAACUAGGCUAAACUCGAAGGGAUCCUCUAUACGUCGUCUGAACGUGCGUUCGACAAAGGAAAAGUAGUUCGCGAAAUUGACUGGCGAGACACGGGAGACACUCAGCCUACCCGUUGAAAGCUUGCUUGCUGUUUUUUUUUCAGCAGAGCCCGAUCUUGUGUUCAAUUUGUGCGCGAAUUUCAGCAAUUGAAGGAUAUCCAUUUAUGUAGUUUCACGCCGUUUUGUAGUAAUUCUCUAAAAGCAUCUUGUUAGCCAGCUCGAGCCGCACUGCGGCUUAUGAUUUUUUGGAGUAAUUUGAAGAUGAAUGGUGCCCUUCAAUGAACGGAAUGGUGUGGGGAUUAGGACACCUCACGGCAGCGGAGUGAAUGCAGGUAUCGUGUGUUUGGAGGUUACUUGACUGCAAAGUGAGCCGCAGAAGCGUCAUCGAAGACACGUUGGGUUCAGUUGAAAGUGAGAAAAGUAGGUCUCCUGACGAUUUGUAAUAAUCGGACAGCAAACGCAGUCAGCUGAAACUUUGGCGUAAGAUAGUUUUAUGAGUGAGCUGAUGAUUCACAGCUUCUACGCCGAGAAACCUCGUUACAGCCGUCGUUGUCACGUUUUGUCCCAGCGCUAGGGGCCUGUGUAUUAGUGCAUGGAGGAAUAAUUCGAUUGGUAAUUCCAUUCGUUUCGUUGCGAGGUGACGUGAGUUAACGUGAUUUGAUUAUCAAGUUCUGGUGUCGAUUUCUACGGACAAGUGUAUCCAAUCAAGUGUAAUCAAUAUAUCCGCUCACGUUUGUUUACUUGUGCCUGCGUAAAGCUUGAGCGGUUUUUGUGGUCGUUUCGGCAACAUUUGUUAUAGGUUUGUGGAAUGAUUUCGUUACUAGCGGUAAUCAGUGAGUGAGAGUUGCAAUGUUAACGACAAGAAAACCAGGACCUCCGGUGCCGCCAAGGCCAAGUGCUGCGGCCGUUGCCAGUGCAUUGGCAAAGCAUCGCGAAAACUCCCCCAGUAAUGUGGGAAUACAUACGCUGAAACCGCCACACCCUGGGCGCACCGUGGUUUAUAAAUCUCCCGGAUUUGAGGAUCAACUGAAGAGUCCUUCUCAACAAGUUGUGAGUCAAGGACAUUACAAUUUCAAUGGUGCUUUGAAUCACCACUCCACGUUGAAUGGAGUGGAUUAUCCAGCGAUGAAGACCGAAGUUUACCUUGAUGGAUCUAACAGUUUCAAUGUGCCGCGACCAGUUCAUCCUGCCGAGAUUAGCAUUAAUUGCUACAGCCACAAAAAUAUUUCCAACAUUGAAAACAACAAAUAUACUUAUACUUCAACGUGCAGUAUAAUCGAAGUAAAUUCUUCCUCAUCGGCGUCCACCUCGACAUCGUCCUCUCCAAUGUCGACGCUGCAGAAGUCAGAAUCUAAAACGAAUCUUCUCGUCAGCCACAGAACCACUAACGGUAAUGAUCCCAAUCAUCUUAAUUCUGCCGACGAAGACGAUAGCAUCUCCAGCCAAAAACUUAAUUCCUACAGCCGUCGGCACGGGGACCCGUUACAAGACGCCGCAAUUAAGCGUAAUUCAUCGGACGUGAUUGUGAUCAAUUCGGCGUCCUCGGAGCAUGACAGUGGCACCGAGCAAAACUCGGCGGACACCAAUAGCGUUACUAGUAGUAAUUCUCUCGAACGGGAAAAUAAUUUAAAAAAUCUUGAAACCCGCAAAGCGCACAUGACCGAAAUAAUCAUCGGCCUCGGUGCUGACAAUUUUUCAACAACUGCAACGGUGGUUACCAAUGGCAGUCCGACCAUCAUAGAAGCUCGGAAUAAUGCCCUCCUGGAGAGCAGGGCUUCUCCGGACUCGAACAACCAUGUGAUACGAAGCUCAUCGAUCCGGCUGCCGUACCGGCCGGAACCGGAGGGCGGCGAAUAUGUGACACCCUCGAACGACCAGAAUCGUCGAACUGUUAAAGUAAUCAAACCCCCGGCAAUCGAUCCGGGCACGAUGGAUUUGAAGUUGAGUGAAAAAAAGGUUGCAUUUCACGAGCUGCUCAUCUCGGAAUUAACCGCAAUGAGAAGUGCUCACGAAAACCCAGUUGACAUAGUGUCGAAACGACAGCGGUAUCCACCUGAAACACGAUCCUCGAGUGACGUUUCCCCGAGUGGCACCGCCUCUAGGAUGGGACGAAUUAGAACCGCCGAUUGGAUUGAGGUUGGCGACAACGGGAAGGAGGUGGUUCUUUCCAGUUGCCAAAUAAGCCUAGAAGAUUCUGGCAUGGAAGACGAGGAAAAACUAGACGACGCGUCUUCCGGAGUGGGGGAUUCCUGGGAUAGCGUGAAGGAUGCAGAGGAACGCAUCACGAUGUCCCUGCCGGGACUGCCCCCACUGCCGAAGAGUCUUAGUGGUUUUGAUCUGGCUGGCCAGCAGCUUCAAUCUCAUCAGCAACACCAUCAACAGCAGCACCAGCAACACCUUCAACAGCAGCAGUCACUACACCACCAGCACCAAUCAUCUCAUCAGCAGCAGUUGCAUCAGCUCCAGCUUCAGCACCAACAGCAGCAUCAUCUGCAACCUCCAUCGGUGCAGCAACAUCAGCCGCACCAGCAAUUGCCACCGUCGCUGAAUCAUCACCCGACGAACCCGUUCAUCCCGAUGGGAGUUAAUUUGCAGAGCGUUAGCAUGGCAUCGCUAGUGUCCCAGCGUGGCCAAUCGCCGGUCAGCACCGUGAGCAGCAGCAGCAGUAUUCCGGUCACACCGAAUAGUGGCGGCUCCAGUGGCGGCGGUGGCACCGUCAGGAAACCCACCACGCUGGAUACCCAGUUGGCUGUUUUGCGGAGAGAAAUGUACGGCUUAAGACAGCUGGAUCUGUCGCUGCUCUCCCAGUUGUGGGCCCUGAACGAGUCGAUUCAGGAGUUCCGCACGAUGCUGCAGGAGCAGGAAACCCUCUCGCCACCCUCGCCUACGCCGUCCAACUCGGACGCGAACUCGGUUUCGUCCGAUGAAGAUGAGGACGAAUCGUCCAACACCGCAACGGUCGGCGGCGGAAUCAUCCCAGGGCACCACAAUCUGAUCGAAUCGGUAGCCGCCGGUACGGUACUCGCUUCGUCCCAGUGCAGUAGGAUGCGGGCACCACCUCCGCCCCCACCCAGUCGGAAAGCGCCCUCGAGACCGGUUUGAAUGGCAGACAUCCCAAAAACAGAAAUGCUACUCUCAAGCUCUAGCCAAUAAUUAAUUUAACUCUUACUGUAUUCCGUGAUGAUCCGGCGCAGGUUCGGGGGGUGGUUACUGCAUGGGCUGCACCACACAGACACACACACACACACACAAAACAAAACGUAAGUCAAUAGAACAAGACGGGCUUUCUCUUCGUUGAGAAAUCCACGCCGAUAUCGUAAGUAAGUAUUUGCUCCGCAAUUUUUUGUACAUACUAAGUAAUCGUAAUUCCUGCAAAUGUGACAACUGCUAAAUAAAGAAACAUUGUUCCAAAAUUAGAAGUUCGCAUCGCGAUCCCGAUGAUG